AUGGAUCCACCUAGAAGCUCCAUCGCCUUUCCAUUUUUGGCUUUCCUUGCCCUUCAGGACCCUGGCAAUGCUCAGGGCACGCGCAUGCAUGGUGGAGUGGACACUUCCUCCCUCCACGACCCUACGCGCUCUUUACGCAGUAAAAGCAUAAACAAGUCUAGACAUGGCGGCAACACGCGGCCGAAGCCUCCACAAACGGGGCCUUUCUUAAUCCCCCUGCUUCCGUACGGCCUCAGCAACCAAAUCGUCGCGCUUAAAGAAGCCCUAGCGCUAGCAGUCGUGCUAAACUAUACGGUCGUGACCCUGGGCUUCUGGCCCCAUAGAUCAGAGGUAGCAGCGGCCGCGGGCCAGCACCUGGAGCCGGGGGCCCUAACACACAGAGCGGUUUUGGAGCUGGAUGCGGAGGAGGGAGAGGAGAGGAAUGUGGAGAAGAGUGCUGAGAAGCAGCUGCAGCGAAUCAAUGCGUCCGAGGUCAUUCCCUUUGACAUGGUGUUUGACCGGAGCAGUCUGGCAUCGCUGGUACGCGUUAUCACCUGGGAGGAGGCUAUACGGCAGUACGGCUGGUCUCAGAGUAAAGGUGCCGAUGCGCUGAUAUUGCUCAGUCGAGCAUCGGGAUUGGAUCUGGUGCUUGAGAAGGUCGCCGCGGCGGGGUUCAUGUACACCGAACACAUCCACACAGCACGGCAGUACGAUUUUAGCUGUGACUCCCGGGGGUUGUCCUGGCUGGUCCGUACGUACACGACGCAGGUGUCUCUGCGGUUGAAGAAGUCUGCAUGGAUCACUCAAAUCGCAAGGAACUUUGUCCAGGAAGCACUAGCGGGGUGGGCAUUGAGACAGCAGCAGCAGGGGGAGGGGGAGGGGGAGGGGGAGGAGCGCAAGGUGGAGACUGCGGUGGCCAUGAGUGCGGGUUUUGGCCCCAGCGCGGGCGCCACCAUCCCGCACUACAUCGCGGUGCACGUUCGGCCGUACCCCGAUGAGUGCCUGGAUUAUUUUGUCAACAUGACGCAGUACGAUCCCGGAGCAGCAAGCCAGGUGUGCAGUAAUCCCAAGCUGCUGAUCAAGAUAGUUUCACUUGUACGGAAGCUGGUCGAGACACGUGACGCUGCCGCCGCCGUUGCCGGGGGGACGAGCGGCUCCCCAGAACAAGAACCUAGCGGGGGCGGCACUAUGGAGUGGUCUCCUCCCCCUGCAACGAUUGCGCCUGUGCCUGUGCCAGCGGCGGUGUUCGUCAUGACUCAUCCCAGGUUACGUAGAGUUGUUGAGGCAGAGAUGUCAAGGUUGUGGGAGAGCGUGAAAUUCAGCUCCGAGGCUAUCUUGAACUCUACCGAUGACCCCGCCCACGCCGCCGCCGUCGCGGCCUUCUCCUCCAAUUCCACUUCCUCCUCUCCUCCGUCUUCCCCGCUCCCGUACCUCUUCUUCCUGGGUCUGUCCGACCUCCCUCCCGAGCUCCGGAACCACGUGGCCUCCACCAGCCUGCUGUCCAUGGUAGAGCAGCAGGUCUGCAGACAGGCGGAGGACUUCAUCGGAAGCAAGGCAUCGUCGAUCAGUGUGCUGGUGGCGCAGGAGAGGGUUGAGGGGGAACGGUUGGAGGCGGGAGGGGCGAGUCCCGGUGGUGCAGCUGCCGUGGACGGGGCUGGGGCGCAAGGAGGCGAGGAGGGGGCGCCAGGGGCAGCCAGCCAGGAUGGUGAUGAAAGGGAGGUACAAGACGCCGCGGUAGCAAUGUCUGACAGCGCCGGCAGCGGCAGCGGCGGAUACGGCAAUGAUGGGCGCCUUUCUCGCAUAACGGUGCUCGUAUGA